AAAACAAAAAAGACACCGCGGAGCUGCAGCGAGCUAGCUGGGAAGCUCCCAGUUCUAGAGAGAGGCUGUUUACCAGAAGAUCCUAACCAGGGCAGGGCUGCUUUCCAGAAAGGCCUGGCAGGCGGCGCUGGCCCGGCGGACCCCAGAUGCACACUGGUUGGCCAGUCACCUGCAGGGCCGAGGGGGCCAGGAUGCUGCUUUGCUGGGCACAGACAUUCCUGCUCAGCAACCUGCUCCUAGCAGAAGCCUACGGGUCUGGAGGCUGCUUCCAGGACCAGGGCCACCUGUACCGAGCCGAUCAGCCCAACGCGGCGGCCGGGCAGCGCUGCCUCAACUGGCUGGACGCAGCCCCGCAGUCGGGUGUGGGCGACCACAGUUACUGCCGCAACCCGGACCGGGACCCGCGCGGGCCUUGGUGCUACGUCAGAGGCGACGCGGGCGCCCCGGAGAAGCGGCCUUGCGAGGACCUCGACUGCCCAGAGACCACUUCCCAGUCCCCGUCAGCCAACAGAUCAGAAACUGGGGAGACAGCUAAAGUGCCAGGGGAAGACGAGGUGCAAGUGUUUGAACCUGCCAAUGCCCUGCCUGCCCGGAGCGAAGCAGCAGCCGUGCAGCCAGUAAUCGGGAUCAGCCAGCGUGUACGAGUGAACCCCAAGGAGAAAAAAGACCUGGGAACCCUUGGAAUCGUGCUGGGCAUUACCAUGAUAGUGAUUAUCAUAGCCAUUGGAGCUGGCAUUGUCUUGGGCUACACCUACAAGAGGGGGAAGGACUUGAAAGAACGGCACGAGCAGAAAGUAUGUGAGCGGGAGAUGCAGCGAAUCACCUUGCCCCUGUCUGCCUUCACCAACCCUACUUGUGAGAUAGUGGAUGAGAAGACAAUCGUGGUCCACUCCAACCAGACUCCAGUUGACCUUCAGGAGGGCAGUGCUCCCCUGAUAGAACAGGCAGGCACUCCUGGUGCCUGAGUCCCUCCAUAGGGCAGGAUCCCAGUCAGACUUGGGUGCAAGACAGCUUACCAGAUCCUACAGCUGGGAGGAUGCAUAAUUUGUGUUGUGGUUAGAUCCCUCCCCACCUUCUACUCCUUUUUCUUUGUAUGAAUUCUAAGACACAGCAGGUGGCACUGUGAGCUUAGGGUGACAGAGUAGGGCCCCAGCUACCAGUGCACCAUCUCCAUUUCUUAGAGUAGAAUUUUGCCUGUGGAUGAAAUCAGUAGCAGACUGCAUAGCAGUGCCGCUGCUAAGGGCUUCAGAACAUUGCCUGUGCUCCAUCCAGAACUGAGAUACGGAUGGCCAGGGAGCUCCUGCAGACUCCUCUGCUUUAUCCUCGAAGAUGGUCUCAGUAUUGGCCUGUUUGUCUCCAUCCAUUUGAGUGGCGCAUGCUGUUCUUCCCAUUUCAGGUCAAGAGGAGCAUUUAAGAAGUAUAGUUUUUAAAUACUUGGGAUGGAACUCCCUGCUGACCUCUGAGAACCGGAAAUAAGUUUGUAUAAAAGUGAAAGCUCUAGGCUGAAGAGAUCUAAGCUGGGGACUGCUGGGUGUGUGCCAGCUUGCUGGUAGUGAUGUGCCUUGACAACUUUGGGCUGGGCACAUGUCCAGGGCCCAGGGCCUCUUCCUGUUUUAAAAGGAAAGGAAGAGAAGAAUUGCACUUAACAUUCUACUUAGGAUGACGGUAGAGGAGGAUCCGUAACUGCCUUAGAUGAUGUUCCCCAGGCACUCUUUAGAGGAGACAGUGACUUCUGCAUUUUGCAGGGGUAAGAAGUACUGGGGGCGGGGGCCUUACAAGCUAUUUCUGAGAUGUUAAUUUGGAACCUACACAGGUAGGCACAGUGAAGCACUCCACUGUUCCUACAGUGGUAUGAGUUUGCAGAUGCCCUGGGACCUCUAGACUAGACCAGUGCCUUCCAACAAGGUAGUGAGAUGAAAGCCAUAACUUAGGACUUCUAAAAGUCAGAAUCAUAGUGAAGAGGAAAUAAUGACCCCCCCCCCCCACAGGCCCAGAGGGGGGAAGUAACACCUAAGGUUACCAAGAAAGCCACAGGUCUGGUCAAGAGGGUUGUUUCUCCAUUGUACUGUGCCAGUGGCUGAGCAGAGCUGCUAAGCCCUGAGAGCAUGAGGAGCCUUCCCAAGGCUCCCUAACCAUAGAGCUUCCCUCCCACUGCCCACGUGGAAAGGUGGGUGAUGGGCUAGUUCUCUUCAGCAGCUGUUCAGAUUAGUUUGCUGAGAGAACCUGGCCUCAAGCAGGGGUUCUUGAGGUUAGAGAUGCUGAAGAGAACAUUACUGGUUUUUACUUUUCUAUAAAGGCAUUUCUCUGUACACGUUUUAUAUACCUCAUUCUGAUACCUGCAUAUUAGUGCAGGAUAUUGCUCUGCAUUUGACAAAUAAAUUUUAAAAAC